CUAUUUACAAUUGUGAAUCAAUGAAAAAUAAAUUAUGAAUUAAAAAUGUAUUACUUAUGCUAGAUUAAAAAUCUAAAAUAUAUUUGUUACGCCUUUAACUUAGUGUUUACCAAUAUGUAUUUCAGUAAUAAUAAUAAGUAAUGUCAUCAUAAUUACUUAAAGAAAUUUUUCCAAUAAUGAUCAAUUAUUUCAUUUUACUUACAAUAAUUCUAUUUUCAAGCAAUGUUAAAGCUGAUUGCCAAGAUUACUAUGGUCGAAUUAUUAGCCAAGGAAUGCAUUAUGUACCAGGACCUGAUACAUGUACCCUUUGUGUCUGUGAUAAUUCUGUAGCUAAAUGGUGUAAAGCUGUACUCUGUUCCCCACCACAAGACUGUAAGUCUUUUACUGUUGGAAGUACUUGCUGUGAAUUUAAUUGUUUGGAUAACUCGCUCAAUGACAAUGAUGUGGAUUAUAAAGGUGAUAAUAUCAAUGCUAGAUCGAUAGCCAGUACAGUAACUGCUUUUUUGUUCUUCAUAUUGAUUGUAUUUCUUAUCAAUCGACUUCAUAAAAGGAACAUAAUGUCAAAUGGAGAAGUGUUUAGUGAUCCGAACUCACCUCAAAUGGGUGAUGGUGUAAGAGGUAUUGGAUUUAUUAGUGGUUAUAUGAACUUUCCUAGACCAAUUGGCUCUGAUCUAUAUUAUGGAGAUCAUGCUACUCUUCAUAUACCCUUAUGGAAAACUUAUUAUCCUCGUGGUGAUGCUCCUCCGCCAUAUGAUGAGGCUAUAGCAUUACCUCAUCAAAUACCUACAAAUUUUAAUGAACCCAUAGAAGAAGUGACCAAUCAUCAUAGAACGUUACCUGUAACAUUAACAGAAAUUGAAUAUAGUGAACAACAACUAAAUGAAAUUGAAACUGCUGCUAACCAACCUUUAUUAGAAAACAGUAAAACAAAUAAUAAAGAAAUUACAGAAAAUGUAGUAGUAGGAACUUCAAGUUCUAAUAAUGAUUUUCGUGAAGAAUGUCAAAAUUGCAAACAUGAUCAAGAACUUGCUGAAGGAUAUGAUGACAAUUUUCCAGAACCAGAAACUAUGACAUUAGAGAGAAGACCUCAAGUAUUACAUGAACAUUCUGUUGAUGAAAUUGAACCACGCUCUUCCAUGACAUUACCUGGAGAUGGACGUUUAAGAAGAUCCCACAUUAGUCACAAAAAAGAUACUUCCAGGGAAAACUGGCUGAAGGAAACUAGUGUUAAAGAAGAUUCAAUUUCUGAUGAUGAAAAAUCUUGAAUAUAAAGAAUCUGAAAAAAAUAUUUAAAGAGCAUUAACCAAAUUUGUUUUUGAUAGAUAAGUUUUUAAUUUUUUUUUUACUAUUAAGAAUGAGCAACCUUGAGAUAUCUUAUUAUUUACAUUUAUUACAUUUUACUUUAUAAGUAUUUUAUUUGAAUUUUGAAUUUGAGUUUUAUUUUUAAGUUAGACUUAAAUUUUAAGCUCUUAAUUUAGCUGGUAAUUUCUUUUUCUAUAGACAAUUUGUAAUUUUUUAGGUAUUCAAUUAUUCCAAUUUCAUCACAUUAAAUUGUUUAAAAUAUUUAUAGUUUCUAAUAUUUUUUAUUUGCUAUAAAAUCCUAAAAAAUUUAAUUAUCUACAAAUAUAUCAAAAUUAAGCUGCAUAAUUAGUAUAAUAACAGAUAUUACUUUUGAGUUCUCAACCUGAAUUUAAUGAUAUCUUAUUAUUUGAUGUUGAAUAAUUUUCUUUUUUGUCCAUAAAAAAUGUGAAUAAAUGUUAUAUUAAUUUAAGGUAUAUACCAAAGUUAGUACUUAAUUAUUAAUGAAUUCAAAUUAUUAUUCUAGUCUUAACUUAUUUUUAUUUAACUAAUAUUUUUAAAUUCAUAACUCAAUAAUAAAUUGAAUAUUAAAAAAGAAUCAAUAAUACAAUUUUAAAAUAAUUUCAUGUUAUAUUUUAGAUAAUACAUUCUCUCAUAUAUUAUUACCACAAUUCAGUAAAUGAAACAAUUCAUUUAAUGUUACCUUAAAGGCAAUACAUCAUAAAUUUUAUUUUAGAAGCAAUAAUUGUUUAUUAAAUAUUAAAAAAAGUUCUAAUAUCCUUGUAGUUUUUUCUGUUGUUUAGAAUUUUUGUGACUUUUAGAGUAUAUCUGAUUGUUCUUUCCACUUUUUAUUAUUUAAUAUACUUUAAAUAUAUAAAAUCUAACAUUUUCUUAAUGGAAACUGCUAUAAAUAAAAAAAUUGUGAUGAAUAUAUUAUUAUAUUUGUGUCUACUAAAAAAUGUUAAAAAUGUAGAUACAAAACAUUGUUAUCAUUAUAUUAGUUGAAAUAAUACAUGUAUUAUAUGUAGAUGUAAAUUCUAAUUGUUCAUUAAUAGUUUUUUUGUAAAGGGUACUUAAUGAAUAAUUACAAUUUUUAGUAAUUUCACUGAUUAUAAAAAGUAAAAUAAUAUUUUUUUUAAAUUAUUAUUGUAUAAUACUUUACUUAUAUUAAAAUUUAAAAAAGUUAACUCCAUAUAUUAAUUUAAAAAGUCCCUACACUUAAAUUUAUUUGUAAAUUUUGUGUGAAUAAUUUACUAGAUUUAAGAUUUUUUAAUAAUUAUUUAUGAUUAGGUAUACAAUUGAUUGGACAACAAUAAAAAGAUGUUACAUAAAAUGUUAAAAAGAAUAAGUUUUCAAUACAAAUAUUACCUUAAUUAGUUCUAUAUUAUAAAAUUUAUUUAUAUCAAAUUGUUGAUAGAUUUAAAAUCUUCUUAGUUACUAUUUAAUAUUGUAAAAUAAUUGCGACUACACCAUCUCUAUUUAUUUGCAUUAUGUAAAAAAAAUGAGACAUAAUUCUUAAGGUGAUUUGAUAUUGCUGUUAAAAUUAUUUAAAUGAAUAAUUUCUUUUUAUUUGAUUUUGAUAUAUAUUAUUAUUCAAUGAAAUAUAGCUUCAUAUAAAAAAUAAUUUUCAAUUUGCAUUCAAUUAAAUUUAAAAUAAUUAUUUUUUAUUUUUGGUAUUACUGAAUAUUAUUUUAUGACCUGAAUCAUAAUAAAACAAUUAAAAUAAUAAUAUAUUAAAGCUUGUGGUAUAAUAUAAUGUGUAUAAUUUUGAAAUAUUAUUAAAUAAAUUGUCAAUUUACUUCUAAUUCUAUCAAAUAUCCUACAUUAUUAAAUUACUCAUAAUUGUUACAAAAUAUCCAUACUGUUUAUUAUGAUUGUAAUUUUGCACAUAGCUGCUCCAUGUUAUUGAGUUUAUGCAUGUAUUAUUAUUGUAAUACCUAACCUUGGUUAAACAACCAAGUAAAUUAUUGUUAUGGUAACUAUUGUAAGUAAUAAAUCAAAUCAAUAAGUUUCAGUCA